AUGCUCUUAAAGGCGAAGGCGAACGUUAACGUCAACGCCGAAGGUAGAGACGAAUUGACACCGCUCCACCUCGCGGCCCGUAACAACAAACUCAAGAUCGUGACAUUGCUCUUGGACGCGGGGGCAGAUGUCGAAGCUAGGGACGGAUUGGCGAAGACCCCGCUCCACCUCGCGGCGACGGACGAGAUUGCGAGAGCGCUCGUGAACGCAAAGGCGUACGUUGAUGCUAUAGACGCUAGAGAGAGAACCCCGCUCCACCACGCGGUGCAGGACGGUCGAUGCGAUGUUGUGAGUGCGCUCCUCAAGGCAAAAGCAAACGUUAACGCCAUAGACGUAUACGGGUGGACCCCGCUACACCUCGCGGAGUUUGUGUCAUGCCGUGUCGCGAGGCUGCUACUCCGUGCGAAGGCGUGCGUCGAUGCAAGAGACUAUGGCGGAAUAACCCCGCUCCACUACGCGGCGAUGGGAGACCGACGCAACAUCGCGAGUCUGCUUAUACGGGCGAAGGCGAACGUCAACGCCAAAAACGAUCAAUUACAAACCCCGCUCCACAAUGCGGCUCAGAAAGGCCACCACGAGAUCGCGAGCCUGCUCUUGGGAGCGAAGGCAAACGUCCACGCCAGAGACAUAUACGAGAAUAUCCCGCUCCACACAGCGGCGUGGGGCUCACCGACUCUUGCACCUGCAAAACAGGGUCAACUCCAGACCGUGAGGUUGCUCUUGGAGGCAAAAUCGGACGUCCACGCCAGAAACAAAGCGGGGUUAACUCCGCUACACGUUGCGGUGUUUGGUAAUAGUGAUGUUGCGAGGGUGAUAAUCGGUGCGAAGGCGGACGUCGACGCCAGAGACAACGACGGGAAGACCCCGCUCCACCUCGCGGCACAGCGCGGUGAAUGCCCGUUCGCAAAAGUGUUGCUCUUGGAUACGAACGCGGACGUCGACGCCAGAGACAACGACGGGAAGACCCCGCUUCACCUCGCGGUGGCGUGCGAUCAACACUGUUUUGCGAUAUUGCUCUUGAAGGCGGGGGCGGACGUCAACGCCAGAGACAACGACGGGAUGACCCCGCUCCACAUCGCAGAAUCAAGAAAAGACACUAUUUUCGUU